AUGUCCAAAAAUGGACGUAAGCGUUAUAGCAUUGGUGUCCGUUCUCAACAUUGGCAACUCCGGUCGUUGAUCAGCGCGGAAAAGCAAAAUAUUGUGUACUUUCCCGGAGGAAAUGGCAGCAACCAUGUCCAGCGACUCAACACAUUUACCAAAGAAUGCGAAACCAUCAAGCUCCUUACCUUUGCGCCGCGAUGCCUAGUAGCCGAGAAUGGAUGGUUAUGCUGUGGAAGCGAGAAUGGCGAGUUUGUCGCCAUUAAACUCGAAGAUGCAAUUGAAAGCAAUAGGCAGCCGUUGCUGGGAUUGCAUUUGGAUGCCGAAACGAGACACCAACUGAACCUUGGAGGAGCCAGCCGUGACGAUCCCCUACUUGCUCUUCUUGCCCACGCACGCCGUUCAAGCAAGAGCUUGAUCGCCAAGAGCAUGAAACUUGCCAAGGACCGAGUGAACUGCGUCACUCUGUGGUUCCCUCCGGCAUUGACACCUCACGAAGCUGGAUCUUAUACCGAGCCUGUCGCUGUUCUGGCCAACAACGACCGCACCGUUGUUCUUGUUAGUUUACGCGAAUUCGAUCAAAACGAGAAAAUAGAACCCCUCGAUGUCGUAACAUAUCCCGAUUUCGUCAACCGAGCAAUACUGUCCCCUGACGGUCGAAUGCUAAUUGCGAUUCUUGAUGAUCCGUACCUCUACGUCCAUGAACGGAUCGAAACAGAAGGAGGCAUCUCAACACCUCCAGCUAGCGAAGAUGGCGGAUAUCGAUGGGAACAGAGACAAAGAUUUCUACUCAAAAGUCAAAGAAAAGAUGAUAGGUCGGACAGCCGGGGAAGUUUUGCGGCAUGCUUCUCGCCAUCGGGUGCUUACCUAGCAAUCGGAACACAGCAUGGCACAAUUUCUAUCUUUGACGCUACUCUCCUCCUCGACCCUUCUGCGGACCCUCUCAUCACCACCUUCAAAUCAUCUCGCCCAGAAAGUGGUCCUGGAGCUAUUCGAGACAUGGCAUUCUGCCCUGGUCCUUUUGAUAUUCUCGCCUGGACAGAAGAUAAAGGCCAUAUUGGUUUCGCUGAUAUGCGAAGCAAUUUCAUCAUUCGGCAGAUAGUUGAUAUCAAUGUUGAGGCUGACUUUCGACAUAUCGACAUACUCGAUCGAAACACAAUCGACCCCCGGCUUCUGGACGGCAACUCGGACAGGAGGUCCAAUCGAUCCCCCCCUUCGGGAAGUACACGUACACGUCGACAGGGCGAAGCAUUGGAGACUUUGAACCAGCCUCUCACACCCAAUGAAACCGUUGUCCUAGAGGCGAUUCAAGGUGAUCGAAGACGACGUGAACGAGCGGCCUUAAGAAGCGCCGAAGAACGAGCUCGUGAUGGUGGGACGUCAGAUUUAGCCCUGACCUACCUGUCAAGUUUACGGCCGUCAGCCGCUGAUGGCGAAUCUCCCAGACCCAGACAGCGCAGCAGUAGUGUGGGCCGGGCAAUGGGCGAUAUUCUUGGCUCCUACCGAGAGCAGAGAGAGCGUCAACAGGAGCGCCUUCGCAAUGCCAGGCAGCUCACUCGUGAAGGUUCUGAUGGUCAACAACCUCAAUCAGCAUCAACAAGACGGACAGAACAAAGAUGGGUGGACAGAGUCGAGGAAACGGUAGCAGCCAUGCGGGAUCAGAGAGAAAGACAAGAUUCGUCCUAUCUGAAUGUGCUUGAAUUUUUGCAGGCCAGAGAGCGCCCUUCAAAUGACACGGACAAUGAAGACUCGUCACUCCUCGUACCUCUAGUCAACCAAGUUGUCAAUCGCUGGGAAGAGAGCGCGAUCCGAGGAACUCUAGCGACUGAUCAUGGAGUUUUCGAGGUGCCUCCGUCCCCAGACAAUACCGCAGGUUUAGCCUGGACCGAAGACGGUCGUACCUUGUGA